CGGCUGACGCGCCGGCUGCGCACCCGGCUGGCCAUGCGAGGGCCAUGCAUGCAACGGAGUCCCUCCGCGGCCAACGGCGCCGUCCAACAGCAGAUUGCGGGCAGCCAAUGCGGAGCGCGCAGCGAGGUGGCACCAAAGUGCCGGCGACCAAUGGGAGGCUCUCUCCAAGUGCCAAGGUACCAGCCUCCUGAUCGCCUCUGCGCCCAGCUGCGCUCCACUUAAGCAGCGCCACCGGACCGUCAAGGCAUCCUUUUCGGCGGAGUUGCGCAGAGUGGACGGACCCUGAUCGCCCCGUGGUGCGCCGCUGGACACCGUCGCCGUGCAAACAAAGGGCCAGAGAGAGAGAGAGACCGGGCACCUCCUGGGGGGUUACUGGCGUUCAGAGCUCGGGCAACUUAAAUAGCUGCGCACCAGCGCGCACAGCAGCCGAAGGAGCGUGGGGACUUGGAGGCAGCUGCGCACCAGCGGAGCCGAGAAAGAGCAUCGCCGAGAGAGCAUCGCGCCGGAGGAAGAGCAGCACAAAGCCCUCUUCCGAUGCCUGCCCAACUAGCCCACGGGGAGCUCCCCUCAGAUUUCUCCACCACCACUGCCUUCGCUCGCGUGGCCCAGAAUGGGGCAACCAGCAUGGAGAAGGUCCGCUCCGCCCAUGAUGACAUCGGACCUCACAGAGAGAUGACGGAUGAUGUUUUCGACGAGACCUAUCGUGAGAAAGAAGGCCCCAAGCCGCAGAGGAGAUACGUCUGGAGGAACAUAAUUCUCAUGUCUCUCCUCCAUUUAAGUGCACUGUACGCAGCUAUCUGGCUCACCCCGACAGCGAAGUUUGCCACCUUGGUGUGGGUAUUUGUCCUCUUCAUCUUGAGUGGGCUGGGAAUCACAGCCGGAGCACAUCGCCUUUGGAGCCACCGUUCCUACAAAGCCAGUCUGCCUCUCCGAAUAUUCUUGGCGAUCAUCAACUCCAUGGCUUUCCAGAACGACAUUUAUGAGUGGGCCAGAGAUCACCGUGUCCACCACAAAUACUCUGAAACGGAUGCUGAUCCCCACAAUGCAAAGCGAGGCUUUUUCUUUUCUCAUAUUGGCUGGCUGCUGGUACGCAAACACCCUGAUGUCAAAGAGAAGGGACAGAAGCUGGAUCUCUCUGACUUGAGGGCUGACAAAGUUGUGAUGUUCCAAAGGAGGCAUUAUAAAACCUCCGUGGUGAUCAUGUGCUUCAUUUUCCCUGCUGUUGUGCCUUGGUACUUCUGGGGGGAGACGUAUCACACUAGCUUCUUCAUGGCUGCCAUCCUCCGCUAUGCCUUAAUCCUCAACGCCACUUGGCUGGUGAACAGUGCAGCGCACAUGUAUGGCAACCGGCCGUAUGAUAAGACCAUCAACCCCAGAGAGAACCACUUUGUCGUACUUGGAGCCCUAGGCGAAGGUUUCCACAACUACCACCAUACUUUCCCCUAUGAUUACUCAACCAGUGAAUUUGGCUUGAACUGGAACAUCACAACAGCUUUCAUCGAUCUUAUGUGUUACCUGGGCUUGGCCACGGACUGCAAGCGAGUGUCAAAGGAGGCCAUCAUGGCCCGGAAAAUUCGGACUGGUGAUGGUAGCCACAAGACUGGCUGAAGGUGUGCUCUCUUCCGUCUCCUUUCCUCCCUUCCUUCUCUUUCAAAUAACCUGGGCAUAUGUUUAAUGUUCUGCUUACUAAUUACAAAGCAAUGCUUUCAGGAUUCUCAAGGUGAUGACUGUAACCCAUUCCAGUACUAUGUUUUGAAAUGAUGUAUUCAAGACCUGUAACUUUUACAGGGGACACCUCUCUCUCUCUCUCUCUCUCUCUCUCUCUCUCUCUCUCUCUCUCUCUCUCUCUUGUUUUUCCUGUGUUCUCUCGCUUGCUUUCAUUAGAAGCUAGUAGAACACCCAACAAACUUCCCUUCAACUGAUUAGAGGGAUUGAGCCAACGGAGUUUCACCAAUGUAGGGACUCCGUUUGCAAUUAUGUGUGUUUGGGACAGCUCUCCCUCUGCCUGGUUCUUGAGGCUGGUUCUUUGAUGAGUGGAGGGAGAUUUGUUCUAUCUCUUGUUCUUGUAGAGAAACUUGAGUCUAACCCCUUGGGCCAGGGGUUCUGAAAUCUGGAGAAAGCAGAAGGAGUGGGUUUGCUAUUGCAGAGGUUAGAGGGCAGGGAUGGAAAGCGAAAGGAGAAUGUGUUUUGUAAGGGUUGCAAAGAAGCCUGCUGGUUAGUCCCAGAAUUAGGGUUUGGUUUUCUUAACUGGAGGUGAGUGAUUCUUCUACCUCUGCCCAUGUUCUGGUGUCAUGAAACUGCUCUUUUCCUGCACCUGGGCGCUACUUUAGCGGCCUGUGCAGGAUUAUGAGAUGCUUUUGUAGGAAAACUACACAAAGGAGCUGGUUGCUGGAUGGCUCUGGAACAGAUUUGGCUGUGAACGGGUUCUGAGUGGGGAAAUGGGCAUGUUUUGAGGGUGGAAACAAGUGCACCAAAACAACACUUCCCGACAGGAAAGAGGAAAUCGGAGGUACUGGAGGGGUUUGAACCAAAGGUGUGUCACAGACCCAAGCUGUUUUGUUGUUUUUUGUGCUGGAAGAGUAUAUUUCAAUUUGGACGCAGGACGGUGUGUUUGUUGGUGUAGGUAAAAACAGAUUGUUUUCAUUCUGCAAAAUAUGGCAGCUGAUGUCCACACACUGAUCCCUAGAAGGAUCAACUAAGGGCUGAAAUCAAAG